CCGAGCGGCUGGAGGAGCUGCUAAGCGGCAGAUAGCCAUGGGGAGCCGUCCGGGACUUGGCUGCGCGCUGGGCGCUUGUUGCUUUCUCGCUGUCUUCUGCAGCUUUGCGGUCUUGUUCGUGCUGCCUUCUCGGAUUACUAAUGACAGACCGAUUAUUGGAAUAUUGGUACAGCACACUGAUAAAGUGUUGCAAAAAUUUGGACAAUUUUACAUUGCUGCUUCGUAUGUGAAGUUUCUUGAAUCUGCUGGCGCACGAGUAGUACCAAUAAGAUUAAAUCGUUCUGAUGAAGAAUAUGAUAAGAUUUUCAAGUCUAUUAAUGGGAUACUUUACCCUGGAGGGGGUGUUAGCCUUGAGACUUCUGAAUUUUCCAGGGUUGCAAGGAUAUUCUACAAUAAAGCACUGGAGGCAAAUGACAACGGGGACUAUUUUCCAGUCUGGGGGACAUGUCUUGGACACCAGUUGCUCAGCUACCUCACUAGUGGAGAAAACUUGCUCACUCGAACUGAUACGAACAACAUUGCAUUGCAAAUGAACUUUACGCAAGUUGCCAAAGACAGCAGGAUGUUCCAAGGUUUUCCUGAUUAUUUGCUGAAAGAAAUGGCUUCUGAGCCUGUGACUUCACAUUUUCAUCACUGGAGCCUUUCUGUGCAGAAUUUCACAAAUAAUAAGAAACUGCAAAAGUUCUAUAAGAUAUUGACAACAAAUUUUCACAAUGUGGACUUCAUAUCCACCAUGGAAGCCUACAGAUACCCUAUUUAUGGUGUCCAGUGGCAUCCAGAGAAAAAUCCAUUUGAAUGGAAUAUCACAAAAAGCAUUCCUCAUUCCCGCCCAGCUGUACAAGUAACAUUUUUCACAGCUGACUUCUUAGUAAAUGAAGCCCGAAAGAGCAACCAUCGUUUUUUAAGCAAAGAGGAAGAGACAGAUGCACUGAUUUAUAAUUUUACUCCUGUUUUCAUUGGAAAACAUUAUUCCUUUGAGCAAGCUUAUUUUUUUGAUUAAAUUUCCAGACAGAGAAAGAACUGAGUGGCAGCAUUUUUAAGAGUUUAACUGAAACAAUGUAUUGCAAGAAGUAAGAGGUCAAAUUGCUUAUAGCUCUUUCUAAAAUUUGUUUUUUCCACUCUCUUUAGAAUUGCACUUUUUGUUUGUAUGGCAAUGGAGCAAUCUACUCCAAAGAACUUUUUAUUAAUUUUUAUUCUCCCAUUAAUUACAAAUAACACUCAAGACAACUAACAGCAUUAAAAUUUAAACAUAAAAGCAAAACUCUUAAAUGCAUCAAUCCACAGGAAAUAACAGCUAUUUCAGUAAACAGCUAAGCUUGUUUGAAUAAAAAUGUGUUUACCUGUAAGCAGAAUUAGCUUGGACUGCUUUUGUAGAGAGAAACCACCAACAAUACCUUUCCAAAUGUGUAUCUGAUGGUGGCAGGGCAAGGAUAAGGGCCUGUGCCAAGGAUCUUACAAUUUCCAGAUUGGUACUUUGGGGAGAACUUAACUUUUUCAAAAUUGGAAUGAAUGGCAUGUGUAUAAGAUGGGAAGCUAUAGUUCCAAAUGUUGUUGGACUACAACUCUGAUUACCCCUGAUGAUUGGCCAGACUGACUGGGGUGGAUGGCAAUUGUAGUCUAACAGUAUCUGCUCCUAGUAUAAGAGCACUGUAGUAUUGCCGAGGCUUAUGCAGAAAUAUUUCAGUGUCUCUGAAAUAACUGUUCAGUUCAAGGAUGAAAGCUGCAACUUGACAGUAAACAAGAAUGGAACAGGAGGAGGACUUGGCAGCUUUUUCCUCUACAAACUAUGGAACUGCUUUACCAUCUAAUGCAACUAUUGGUCAGGUGAAUUAGCUUGUAUAUCCCCAUCACUGUCUGUAAGAUGACUUCGUACUGCUGAGCAUACCCUCUUUCUAAAGAUGGAAGCACUGCAGAUAUGUAUGGUGCUCUAUGCAAAUACAGGCCCACCACCUUGUUAUAUUGCUGGCUGGCAAACACAGUGACCAGCCAUAGGUUUUUUUUGCAGAUUGUGUCUGCCACAAUUACAUCAUUAACACACUUUUUGGAUGCACAACAGAAAUUGCAGUCCUCUUUUCCCAUGCAUGAGAGGAUUUUAAAUUGUAUUUAUUUGAAGGCAUCUGAAGAAGCCUGUCUUCAUGUGAAUAGGAGCAAAUGACUUUUGUCUGUGAUCACAGAUUAUCUCAGUAUAAUUGUUUCCUGUUGAUAAAAAAAAAUGCAGUAUU